AUGGAAUUGGGAGGAGGAACUAACCAAGAGCGAAGGGGGAAGGCGAUUCAAGGCACUAUGCUUUGCUUUUGUGGAAUUCCGGCCAAGAUAUCUCAAGCUUGGACAGACAUGAAUCAUGGUCGAAGGUUCUAUGGCUGUGAACGAUACAAGGGUGGAGCUGGUGUUGUCGAGGAGACAUCCACAAUGGCUUGUUCUUCAGCUUGUUGUUCCUUGUUUAAACGCCUACGCUUGGCUCUGUUUUCUUCAGACUGCAACAAAAGAGAAUGA